AUGGGGAAGAGGAAGUUCAGCAGCCUGGAGAUCACGCUGAUCGUCCUCUUCUGCCUGGUGGUGAUCGUGGCCUGCGUCCUCAUCGGGCUCUUCGCGACAGGGCAAUCGGGAGUCAAAUCGAGCCAAUUUACUCCACAAUGCCCAGCUGUAGACUCGUCAGAGAGGAUCGACUGCAUCCCGGAUCAAGUAGCAACAAAGAACCUCUGCAACCUGCGCGGCUGCUGCUGGAGCCCCCAGAGUGACACCAGCGUGCCCUGGUGCUUCUUCUCUUCAAACCAUGGGUACAAAGUGGACGGCUCCAUGCGAACAACCCAAGCGGGAUUCCAGGCUACGUUAACAAGGCUGUCGUCACCUUCCCUCUUUGGAAACGAUAUCAACACCGUCCUCCUCACUGGAGAGUAUCAGACACAAAAUCGCUUCCGGUUCAAGAUCACUGAUCCUAACACCCAGAGAUUUGAAGUCCCCCACGAGAACGUGGGAGCCUUCAGCGGGUCCGCGGCCUCCGACUUAAAGUAUAAAGUCGACAUUAAGCACAAUCCCUUUGGCAUCACGGUGACCAGAGUAAGCAAUGGAAAAGUCCUGUUCAAUACCACCAUCGGGCCGCUGCAGUACGCGGAGCAGUAUUUACAGCUGUCCAUCAAACUGCCUAGCAGCAACAUCUACGGCGUGGGAGAGCACGUGCACAAGCAGUACCGGCACGACGUCAACUGGAAAACCUGGCCCAUGUUCAGCAGGGACAUCGGCCCCUCUGGGGACAUGCAUAACUUAUACGGAGUUCAGACUUUCUUCCUGUGUUUGGAAGACAGCACUGGAGCCUCUCUCGGUGUUUUCUUAAUGAAUAGCAACGCCAUGGAGUUUGAGGUGCAGCCCGCCCCGGCCGUGACUUACAGAACCAUCGGGGGAAUCCUUGAUUUCUACGUCUUCGUGGGGGACACGCCGGAGCAAGUGGUGCAGGAGUACCUGAAGCUGGUGGGGCUGCCCCUGCUUCCCGCCUACUGGAGCCUCGGCUUUCACCUUAUGCUGGACCAGUUGCCGGCUUGUGGGAGACGCGAGGCCCAAUACACUGACAUUGACUAUAUGGAAGAAAAGAAAGAUUUUACUUACGACAAAGUGAAAUUUCAAGAUCUCCCCAACUUCGCAGAUUAUAUGCAUGACUACGGACAAAAAUAUAUUAUCAUCUUGGAUCCUGCUAUUAGCACAGCUAAUCUAGCUGACGGUACAACGUAUGAAAGCUAUGCCAGGGGAGAGAGCAAAAAGGUUUGGAUUAAUGAAUCGGAUGGAGUAACACCAUUAAUUGGAGAGGUGUGGCCAGGAGCAACCGUGUUCCCAGACUACACCAAUCCCGACUGCACCAGCUGGUGGGUGGAGGAGUGCAGGUUAUUUCACAAUACGGUGCCCUACGAUGGGAUCUGGAUUGAUAUGAAUGAAGUAUCCAACUUUGUUCAAGGCUCAAAUAAGGGCUGUGAGCAGAACGACUUGAACUAUCCUCCCUUCACUCCCAACAUUCUUGAUAGGCUCAUGUUUUCCAAGACGCUCUGUAUGGACGCAGUGCAGAAGUGGGGGAAACAGUACGACGUCCACAGCCUUUUCGGCUAUUCCAUGACCCUAUCAACUAAACAAGCCAUCGAAACCGUGUUUCCAGGAAAACGGAGCUUCCUGCUUUCGAGGUCGACCUUUGCUGGGUCAGGAAAGCACGCAGGACACUGGCUGGGAGACAACGCGGCGCUAUGGGAUCACUUGAAAUGGGCGAUACCUGGGAUGCUGGAGUUUAACCUCUUUGGGAUUCCUUAUAUUGGAGCAGACAUUUGUGGUUUCUUUGAUAACACCACGGAAGAACUUUGCAGACGGUGGAUGCAAGUAGGAGCAUUUUAUCCAUUUUCCAGGAAUCACAACUCGGAACUAUACAUACCUCAGGAUCCAGCUGUUUUUGGGGCUGAUUCGCUUUUGGUGAAAACCUCAAAGCAUUACUUGAACAUUCGCUAUACUCUGCUGCCCUACCUGUAUACGCUCUUCUACAAAGCUCAUACUCAAGGAGACACAGUCGCGCGGCCCGUUUUGCACGAAUUUUAUUCUGAUGAAGCAACGUGGGGCGUUGACAGGCAGUUCCUGUGGGGUCCCGGACUACUCAUUACCGCUGUGCUCGACCCGGGCGUGGACGUCGUCCAGGCGUACAUCCCUGACGCCGUAUGGUACGAAUAUGAGACGGGGACAAAAAUCUCGUGGAGAAAACAGUGGGCUGACAUGUACCUGCCAGCAGACAAACUGGGGCUUCAUCUGAGGGGAGGCUACGUUUUCCCUUUCCAACAACCAGCUAACACAACAGUCAUAAGCCGCAAGAAUCCUAUGGGACUUAUCAUUGCCCUGGAUGAGAAUAACAGAGCAUCCGGGGACUUGUUCUGGGAUGAUGGAGAAUCCACAGGUACUGUCGAAAACAAAGCCUACAUUUACUAUGAGUUUAUAGUUUCUAAUAAUAGCCUACAAAUGAAUGUCAUAAACAAUGGCUACACUGAUCCAAACAACUUGAAGUUUGAAGAAAUCAAAAUAUUGGGGUUGCUCCUGGAACCAACAGAAGUUACUGUAACUGAGGGCAAUGUUCUGCAAAGUUCUUCUCACUCUAUCACCUACGAUCCUUCAGCCAAGGCUGCUCAUAUAACAGGGCUUCAGCUUCACCUGGGAAGAUCAUACAAGCUGCAAUGGAAUCAAGAAUCCAGCAUCAACGAAAGAUAUAAUUGUUACCCCAGCCCUAACGCGACGAAAGAGAAGUGUGAACAGCUCGGCUGUGUCUGGAACGAAGUAAUCUCGGACACGGAUAUUCCGUCCUGCUAUUACAGCGCCGACAACGCUUACUCUGUUGAUCAAGUGGAAUACGCCUCAGACGGUCUGGCAGCCAACCUCAUCCUAAACAACGUCAAUACCAAAGCUUACGAGAAUUCAACCUUACCAAUUGGUACCCUUCGCUUGGAGGUGAAAUAUCAUGACAACAACAUGCUGCAAUUCAAGAUUUAUGAUUACCAAAACAAACGAUAUGAGGUUCCAGUACCGCUAAAUCUCCCCAGCUCCCCUACGAGCACCGCUGAGGAUCGACUUUACGAAGUGUCUGUUCAGAGAAAACCCUUUGGGUUACAGAUUCGGCGCAAGAGCACAGGGACAGUUAUCUGGGAUUCUCAGCUACCCACCUUCACGUUCAGUGACAUGUUCAUUCAGAUAUCUACCCGCUUGGCAUCACAGUACAUAUAUGGAUUUGGUGAAACUGAACACACCAUGUUUCGGCGUAACAUGAGCUGGCACACCUGGGGAUUAUUCACAAGAGACCAGGCUCCGGCCUACAAGUUGAACUCAUAUGGUUUUCAGCCAUUUUAUAUGGCUCUUGAAGAAGAUGGCAAUGCCCAUGGAGUUCUCUUACUUAACAGCAAUGCAAUGGAUGUGACGUUCCAGCCCACGCCGGCUCUGACGUACCGCACGAUCGGGGGAAUCCUGGACUUCUACAUGGUGUUGGGCCCAACACCAGAGCAAGUUGUUCAGGAAUACACUGCACUGGUCGGACGACCAGUCAUGCCGGCCUACUGGUCCUUGGGAUUCCAGCUAUGCCGCUAUGGGUACAGAAACGACUCGGAAAUCGCUGAGCUGGUGAAUGCAAUGAAGGCAGCUGGCAUUCCCCAAGAUGUUCAAUAUUCAGAUAUUGAUUACAUGGAACGGCAGUUGGACUUCACCAUUGGCUCACGCUUUGCUGGAUUACCGGCUCUAAUUAACAAAAUAAAACAAGAGGGAAUGAGGUUUAUCAUUAUCUUGGACCCAGCCAUCUCAGGAAAUGAAACUGAUUAUCCCACCUUCACAAGAGGUUUGCAGAAGGAUGUCUUCAUGAAAUGGCCCGAUACCAAUGACAUCAUAUAUUCAAAGGUCUGGCCGUUUCUUCCCAACGUACAAGUUAAUGAGACACUGCCUGAGCAAACCCAAAUAGAGAUCUACGGAGCACACGCUGCUUUCCCAGACUUCUUCCGCAAUUCCACAGCUGAAUGGUGGAAGCAGGAAAUAGCCGAAUGCUACAACCACCCGACCAACGCCUCGAGAAGCUUGAAGUUUGAUGGCCUAUGGAUCGAUAUGAAUGAACCUGCAGCCUUUAUGAACGGUGCCAUCGGCGGUUGUAGAGAUCCCCACCUAAAUUUUCCACCGUAUAUGCCUCAUUUAGGAUACCAGUCAGAGGGAUUAAUUCGCAAAACUCCAUGCAUGGAAGGGCAGCAACAUCUUGCGGACGGUACCCCGGUCAGACACUACGACGUCCACAGUCUGUAUGGAUGGUCCCAAACAAAACCUACCCUCGAGGCUUUGCAGAGCGUCACGAAGGAGCGCGGCAUCAUCAUCACCCGGUCAACUUACCCCAGCAGCGGCCGGUGGGCAGGGCACUGGCUCGGGGAUAACACCGCGGCUUGGGAUCAGCUCACUAAAUCUAUUAUCGGUAUGAUGGAGUUCAGUCUCUUUGGAAUAUCUUAUACCGGAGCAGACAUCUGUGGCUUCUUCCAGGACUCGCAGUAUGAGCUGUGCCUUCGCUGGAUGCAGCUGGGUGCAUUUUACCCAUACUCCAGGAAUCACAACCAGAAGGGGACAAGGAGGCAAGAUCCUGUUUCCUGGAACUCGACGUUUGAACAGAUUUCCAAGCACGUGCUGAAUAUAAGAUAUACCCUGUUACCCUAUUUCUACACAUUAAUGUAUGAAGCCCAUGCCCAUGGAAGCACUGUGAUCCGCCCUGUCCUCCAUGAGUUUGUGGAAGACAGAACAACGUGGGACGUAUAUAAACAGUUUCUCUGGGGACCUGCCCUGCUCAUAAGCCCUGUACUGGAGCCAAAUGCUGUAACAGUGAAUGCUUACUUUCCCAAUGCCCGCUGGUAUGAUUACCACACCAAUGAACUUAUUGGCUUCAGGGGACAAUUUGGAAUUUUAUCAGCUCCUUUGGAACACAUCAACCUUCAUAUUCGAGGAGGCUACAUCCUUGCCUGGCAAAAUCCUGCUAACACAACUUUUUACAGUCGAAAAAAUCCAAUGGGACUUACUGUUGCUUUGAAUGACAGUCAGCUUGCACACGGACAGCUUUAUUGGGAUGAUGGGGUUCGCAUUAAUGCCUAUGAAGAUGGUGCAUAUUUGCUAACAUCAUUUACUGCUAACCAGAACGUUUUGGAGAUCAGCGUCGUGCACCACGGGUACGCUGACCCAAACAACUUAAUGUUUACUGAAAUCAGAAUCCUGGGAGUGAGCACAAGCGCCCAGCAGGUGACGGUAGCGCAGAACGGGGAAGCGAUCACCUCCGCGCACAGCGUGGCCUACAACAGCACAAGCCAGUGCAACAAAUUCUACCGUUACGUUCCAUUCACAGACAUCUUCAUCAUGGAAAGGAUGAUGAAAAGAGAGGCUUCAGCACCCACCUCGAUUCUUAUAGGACUUAAUUCAGCGUAUGAAAGUGUAAACUGGGUAGGAUCGCAGGAGGCCCCAAUCCAUCCAGAUGGUGAUUCAGUUUUGACACUUGUCAACCUGAAAGAUGGAGACAGAAGGUCAAAUGAGGAAGAUAUUGGUUCUUACCCCGUGCUGACACAAACUACACUGCCACAAUGA